CAAAACCAGAGUUCGAAAAUCGAUUGGGCGGUCGACCAAUAGAACCAGAGUUGUCUGGAUGUAAAAUCUUACUUCAAAAACAGAGAAGGGACAUCACAGAGCUCAUCAUUUUUCAACGAAGCUUUGCCGAGAAGAACACAGGGAAGAGAAUGGCGUCACCUAUUGGUCGGCCAUGGCGAACUCUUCCUUCACUAAUCUCGCCCUCGUAAAUCAACUCCUUGCCUUACUCAAAAAACCUCGAAAGCUCUCUCAAAUCCUCCAAAUCCAUGCCCAAUCCAUCACUAACUCUCUUCUCCCGGAGCCGUUCGUGUCAAGUCGUCUUCUUUUUGCUUUGUCCCAACUCCCUAACCCUUCAUCGUCAAAAUUCACAGCAUCCUAUGCAGAUUUAAUCUUCUUAAAAAUCCGAAGCCCCAAGUCCUUCCUAUGGAACACCAUCAUUAAGAUUCACGCACAGUGCUCAAACCCUUCCAAAUCCUUCCGUUUGUUUAUCCAAAUGCGGCGUAAUGGCGUCCUUAUUGAUGAGUAUACUUACCCUUUCAUUCUCAGCGCAUGCAGUUGGAUGCCUGGGAACGAGGAAGGUGUGGCCAUUCAUGGAGAUUUGCUGAAGAGAGGAAUUGAGGCGGAUUUAUUUGUAAGGAACUGUUUGAUUACUCUCUAUUGCAGGAACAGAGAGAUUUCCCUUGCUCGAAAAGUUUUUGAUGGAUUUGAAGCUAGGGAUUUGGUUUGUUGGAACUCGAUGAUUGCUGGGUAUGCAGGGUGUGGCCAAAUGGU